AUGACGGCUUCCCCACCACUUAGCAGCCUGAAAGUCGUCGAGCUCGGGGGUCUUGCGCCAGGGCCCUUCUGUGGGCUCCUUCUCUCAUCCUACGGAGCCUCCGUGCUACGCAUCGACCGACCCGGUGCCCCCUCGUCCGAUCUCCUCACCCAGAACAAGUCAUGCAUAUCUCUAGACUUGAAGUCCCCGUCCUCCCUCGCCGUAUUGCAUUCACUUCUGUCCACCGCCGAUGUUCUGAUUGAUCCAUUCCGCCCGGGUGUGCUUGAGAAGCUCGGUCUAGACCCCAAGAAGCUCAUGCAACAAAAUGAGAAGCUCAUCACCGUUCGCUUGACUGGAUUCAGGAGGGAUGGCAAGUACAAAGACAUGGCGGGCCAUGACAUCAAUUACCUGGCAGUGUCUGGUAUUUUGUCGCUGUUGGGCAAGCGAGGCGAGCCGCCUCUCCACCCCGGCAACAUAUUGGCCGACUUUGCGGGUGGAGGCAUGGUGGCGUUCGUUGGAGUGCUCCUAGCCCUGCUACACAGAGGGCUUAGCGGCAAGGGACAGGUGGUGGAGGCCAAUAUGGUAGAUGGCGUGAGCUACCUAGGGACGUUCCCUCGCAUGCUGACCAAGAUGCCCAUGUGGAGUGCGCCCAAGGGGGAGAACCAGCUCGACGGCGGAGCCCCAUACUACGGGUGCUAUGAGUGCAAAGAUCCGGGCAAAUACAUGAGUGUCGGGGCAUUGGAGCCGCAAUUCUUCGCUGCGUUCCUCAAGGGCAUGUCUUUGAGCGUUGAAGAUAUCUGCCCGAACGGGAUAGACCGAUUGGACAAGCGCAGUUGGCCCUACCAGCGCGAAGUCUACACAAGGAGGUUCAAGGAGAAGACCCGAAAGGAGUGGGAGACGAUCUUUGAUGGCACCGAUGCCUGUGUGGCGCCGGUGCUGGAACUCGGCGAGAUGGAAAGUGCACAGUACGAGCUGAGGCCUGCUGUUGGUUUGACGGCCAGUCCGGGCCAGGGAAGUGUAUAUUCGGGACAGCCGAUGCAGCCCGGUCAAGGAGCAGAUGAGACCCUGAAGAAGUGGUUGGGCUGGUCCAAAGGUAAAAGUUACCAGGUGAAGAACGGGGUAUGGGCCAAGCAGGAGGCAAGUAAGCUGUAG